AUGCCCCCACGUGCUGCGAAGGGAAUCACAACUUAUGAUCCGUCCAAAGCCGAUCGCGGUAAGAUUGGGUCAUCGAUGCAACCUCGAAAGCCGGGAGUGCUCUUGGCAGGCCUAGUGGUUUCGGAUCCAACUUCUUACAACACUGAAUCACUUCGGCUAUCCGGUUAUCAGAGAUUAUGGACCCUCCCCGGUCAAGCAAUGUGUCUUAUCUUAUACCUGGGUCGGCAUGUCGAGUGGAGCUUGUAUGACGAUAUCUUGCAACGUCUUGUCGGUGAUCCCUCGGACUUCGGUACUUGGCGGCAACACUACCCUACCAUGCCCCAACAACAUCGAAUGAUGCUACUGUCCGAUCUUCCACCAGUGAUCAACCUCGUGGACUAG